CUCGCUCCGAUGCGCGGCUCGUGGGACGAGGCCGCGACGGCGGCGCUGCACGCGCGCAUCCUGGAGGCGCACCGCGGGCCCGCCGCGCCCGAGCGCGCUGCCGAGCCCGCCGCCUGCGCCGAGCCGGCUCCGCAGCAGCUCAGCGUCGAGCUGGCGGCUCCUACUCCUCUGCUGCCGCUGCCCACGCUCUCCUUCAGCGCCGCGCAAGUAGCCACCGUGUGCGAGACGCUCGAAGAGAGUGGCGACGUGGAGCGGCUGGCGCGAUUCCUCUGGUCUCUGCCGGUGGCUCACCCCAAUGUGGCUGAACUGGAGCGCUGUGAAGCUGUUCUACGAGCGCGAGCCGUAGUCGCCUUCCACGCUGGAAGACAUCGUGAACUGUAUUCGAUCUUGGAAAGGCACCGGUUUCAACGUUCGAGCCACGCGAAGCUGCAGGCUCUGUGGCUGGAGGCCCACUACCAAGAAGCUGAGAGGCUACGCGGGCGACCAUUAGGGCCCGUCGACAAAUACCGUGUACGAAAGAAGUUUCCUCUGCCUCGCACCAUCUGGGAUGGUGAACAGAAAACGCACUGUUUUAAAGAGCGUACGCGCUCGUUACUUCGUGAGUGGUACCUUCAAGACCCGUACCCCAAUCCGACGAAGAAGCGUGAGCUGGCGGCAGCGACGGGCCUCACGCCGACGCAGGUGGGCAACUGGUUCAAGAACCGGCGGCAGCGAGACCGAGCUGCUGCUGCUAAGAACCGCUCGGCGUUGCUCGGGCAGGGCUUCGCCUCCUCCUCCACGUACGACGAGGACUCAGUCGACUCGGAGAUCAACGUGGACGAAGAGUAAAGUUACAGACUAUAGUGUUAACCGGCGACGCCGUCGUGCGUGGACGCUCAGUGACUGACGAUGCAAUAUAGACCACAGUUAUCUAUUAUCUUAGUUAGAUCGCAGAGUCCGUGAUGUAUGUGAUGUUAAGGCAUUGUAAACCAGUUCGUUAGGGCAUAUUUGUAUCGUUAAAGUGUAUGCGAGUGCUCGAAGUAUCAGCAUUGGUGUAUCUCAGGUAUGUACCAGGGCCUAGGCCUCCGACUAGUAGCUGUAACUCGACUGCACUGAUAAGUUACUCGUUGUUAAGGUUUAACAGGGUUAAUUUUACGUAUAAUUUCGUGUUUAUACUCCCACUCAGACGUUAGUUAAUUUAUUUGAUACCUUCGCGCGGCUGCGGUAGAUAUGGAUGCGUUUCCGUGAGAAGCAUUUACUUACCUAAAUAUUUAUACAUCCUAACUAUUUUUACCAGUAAAUAUAGAUUUUAUUUAUCAUAUCAGCUUUUAGUUGUAUGUUAUAGUUAUUAUAAAGUGUAGAUAAUUACGUUCGUGGAGUAGUUGUAAAGUAACGCUAUUAUUGAAGGUUUGUACCUGAGCACGAUCACUUCGCGACACACCGUUGUUUAGUGAUGUUGUUUCAUAUUAUUGUAAUUAAAUAUAUCAAUUAUAAAUUAUUUAUUACGAUAUAUCGACGGAAAAUAAUCGUUUUUGAAUAGAAAUGCUGUAAGAGAGUGGUUCUUAUGCCUUUAGGAUUGAAUAUCUGUGUCUAGAAAUAUAGGCCUAACAAAUAAAAGAGCAACGGAAAGUGACCAUGCAUUUAAAAAUAAAAUAAGAACCAAUUGGCUUAUAAAAUGAGUUAAAAGUAUCAAAAUCUUUUAUCCAUUAAUAGUUUUUAUGUGUUAGAUACCAAAAUUUUUAUUUCUGCAAAAAACAUUAUCUAAUUAAAUGAUUGCCGCAUAAAAUAUCCCGAAAUAU